AUGAAGUUCGUGACUAGGAGCAGGAGGACCUGUUUCCGGUCGUGCUGCGCGAACGGCCGCGCCGCUAACCCUAUAGAGGAGCGAGACGCGCGGGGCGAGCGAGGCGGCGGCCCCGUGGCGGUCGGUCUGGGCGAGCCGGGCGAGCCGGGCGGGCGGGCGGGCGGGCGGGCGGGCGACCUGGGCGAGCCGGGCGCCACCUCCCCGGCCGUGGCGGUCGGUUGGCGGCAGGCAGGGCCUCCGCGCCCUUCCCCCUUCCCCUUGGCGGCAAAUCUGCCUGCCCCCGUGGCCGGGAGAAGCGGCAGAGCGAGGGCGUCCCGGAGCCCCGGCUCCGUUCGGCGGCCGGCCCCGCUGUCCCUGCCGGCCGCUGGCGCCCGGUGCCGGAGCGAGCGAGCAGGCAGGGCCUCCGCGCCCUUCCCCCUUCCCCUUGGCGGCAAAUCUGCCUGCCCCGUGGCCGGGAGAAGCGGCAGAGCGAGGGCGUCCCGGAGCCCCGGCUCCGUUCGGCCGCCGGCCCCGCUGUCCCUGCCGGCCGCUGGCGCCCGGUGCCGGAGCGAGCGAGCGAGCGGGCGGGCGAGCAGGCAGGGCCUCCGCGCCCUUCCCCCUUCCCCUUGGCGGCAAAUCUGCCUGCCCGGUGGCCGGGAGAAGCGGCAGAGCGAGGGCGUCCCGGAGCCCCGGCUCCGUUCGGCCGCCGGCCCCGCUGUCCCUGGCAGCCGCUGGCGCCCGGUGCCGGAGCGGGGCGAGCGGGCGAGCAGGCAGGGCCUCCGCGCCCUUCCCCCUUCCCCUUGGCGGCAAAUCUGCCUGCCCGGUGGCCGGGAGAAGCGGCAGAGCGAGGGCGUCCCGGAGCCCCGGCUCCGUUCGGCGGCCGGCCCCGCUGUCCCUGGCAGCCGCUGGCGCCCGGUGCCGGAGCGGGGCGAGCGGGCGAGCAGGCAGGGCCUCCGCGCCCUUCCCCCCUUCCCCUUGGCGGCAAAUCUGCCUGCCCGGUGGCCGGGAGAAGCGGCAGAGCGAGGGCGUCCCGGAGCCCCGGCUCCGUUCGGCCGCCGGCCCCGCUGUCCCUGGCAGCCGCUGGCGCCCGGUGCCGGAGCGGGGCGAGCGGGCGAGCAGGCAGGGCCUCCGCGCCCUUCCCCCCUUCCCCUUGGCGGCAAAUCUGCCUGCCCGGUGGCCGGGAGAAGCGGCAGAGCGAGGGCGUCCCGGAGCCCCGGCUCCGUUCGGCCGCCGGCCCCGCUGUCCCUGGCAGCCGCUGGCGCCCG